AUGGCUUUGUUGACGCAAUACGUCUGUAGAGCUCUUCCUGGCAUCGGGAAGGGCCUUUUCCGUGGACAUGGAGGCCAAGGAGCCGUAGCUUUAAAAGGAAUGUUUAUGUCGACUACAGCUGCAGCGAGCCGCGCAAUUAGAGGCCGCCAGCUUACUCAGAUCAGGGGAAACCGCCUCAAUGGCCGGACACGGCUUAUCCACAGCUCAGCUCGCGUCUGCAAUGGGCACGACGCCGCUGCUUACAUCCAAUCUGGCCACGUUAAAUCGGUCCAGCGCGAAAACGUAAAGAAGGUUCUUGUUGUGGGCUCCGGCGGUCUUUCUAUCGGCCAGGCAGGCGAGUUUGACUACUCUGGUGCUCAGGCCAUUAAAGCUCUCCGCGAGAGUAAUGUACACACAAUUCUCGUGAACCCGAAUAUCGCUACCAUUCAAUCCUCUCACGACCUAGCCGAUGAAAUCUACUUCCUCCCUGUAACUCCCGAGUAUCUGACGCAUCUGAUUGAACGCGAACGUCCCGAUGGCGUUCUUCUCACAUUCGGUGGCCAGACGGCCCUGAACGUUGGCAUUGCCCUCGACGACAUGGGUGUGUUCGCCCGUAACAAUGUCAAGGUUCUCGGCACACCCAUCUCGACUCUCAAGGCUUCUGAGGACCGUGAUCUGUUUUCUCGCGCUUUGAAUGAGAUUAAUAUUCCCAUCGCCGAGUCUGUUGCCGUCUCGUCCGUCGACGAUGCCCUUGCAUCCGCUGAAAAAAUUGGUUAUCCUGUGAUUGUUCGUUCUGCUUUCUCUCUUGGUGGUCUUGGUUCUGGCUUCGCCAACGACAAGGCGGAGCUGCAAGCUCUUGCUACGAAGUCUCUGUCUUUGACCCUCAAAUCCUUGUCGAGAAGUCGCUCAAGGGCUGGAAGGAGGUCGAAGUACCAUAUGCUUCGUAGCGCUGCCAUCAAGAUCAUCCGUCAUUUGGGUGUCGUUGGUGAGUGCAAUGUGCAAUACGCUCUGAACCCCAACAGUCUCGAGUACCGCGUCAUUGAGGUCAAUGCUCGUCUUUCUCGUUCGUCCGCUCUUGCUUCUAAGGCCACCGGUUAUCCCCUUGCCUACACGGCUGCCAAGAUUGCUCUUGGUCACACUCUGCCCGAAUUGCCCAACGCCGUUACGAAAACUACUACUGCAAACUUUGAGCCUUCUCUCGACUACAUCGUUACCAAGAUUCCCCGUUGGGAUCUCGCCAAGUUCCAAUACGUGAAUCGUGAGAUUGGUUCGUCCAUGAAGAGUGUCGGUGAAGUUAUGGCCGUCGGCCGUACUUUCGAGGAGUCUCUUCAAAAGGCUCUUCGCCAAGUCGAUCCUUCCUUCAAGGGUUUCAUGCCCAUGCCCUUCCGUGACCUCGAUAAGGCUCUUACCGUUCCCACUGACCGUCGUUUCUUUGCCGUCGCCGAGGCUAUGCUUAACCAAGGCUACUCCAUUGACAAAAUUCAUGAACUUACUAAGAUUGACAAGUGGUUCUUGGGCAAGCUUUCGAAUCUGGCUGCUGUUUAUAACGAACUGCGUGAAAUUGGCUCUUUGUAUGGCUUGAACAGAGAUGUUUUGUUGCGUGCUAAGAAGCAUGGUUACUCUGAUGCUCAAAUUGCUGAGCUUGUUGGCUCGACUGAAUUGGAAGUCCGUGCUCGCAGAAAGCGUCUCGACAUUCACCCUUGGGUGAAGAAGAUUGAUACGUUGGCCGCCGAGUUCCCUGCUCACACCAACUACUUGUACACGAGUUACAACGCCUCUACUCAUGACAUUGAUUUCAACGAACAUGGUACCAUCGUUCUUGGCUCCGGUGUGUACCGUAUCGGCUCGAGCGUCGAAUUCGACUGGUGCGGUGUUUCUUGCGCUCGUGGCCUUCGUCGCGUUGGCAUGAAGACGAUCAUGAUUAACUACAACCCCGAGACUGUUUCCACUGACUUUGAUGAAUGUGAGCGCUUGUAUUUCGAUGAACUGUCUUAUGAGCGUGUUAUGGAUAUCUAUGAGCUUGAAACCGCUUCGGGCAUUGUUGUGAGCGUUGGUGGACAACUGCCUCAGAACAUUGCUCUUAAGCUUCAAGAAACUGGUGCCAAGGUUUUGGGCACUGACCCCCGUAUGAUUGACAAUGCCGAGGACAGACACAAGUUCUCGCAAAUGCUCGACAAGAUUGGCGUUGAUCAGCCCGCUUGGAAGGAGCUUACUUCUGUUGAGGAAGCCCGUACAUUUGCCAAUACCGUCGGUUACCCCGUGCUUGUCCGUCCCUCCUAUGUUCUUUCCGGCGCUGCAAUGAGUGUCAUUCGUGACGAGUCUUCUUUGAAGAACAAGUUGGAGAAUGCCGCCGCUGUUUCUCCUGACCAUCCCGUUGUUAUCACGAAGUUCAUCGAAGGUGCUCGUGAGAUUGAUGUGGAUGCUGUUGCCUCCAAGGGUCAACUUUUGGUCCAUGCUGUCUCGGAACAUGUCGAAAAUGCUGGUGUCCAUUCAGGUGAUGCCACAAUUGCUCUUCCCCCCUACUCGCUCUCUGCUUCUGUGAAGGACCGUUGCAAGGAGAUUGCCGAGAAGGUCGCUAGUGCCUUCCAAAUUACCGGUCCCUACAACAUGCAAAUCAUUGAAGCCGUGAACCCCGAGAAGCCCGACGUUCCCGAUCUCAAGGUUAUUGAGUGCAACCUCCGUGCCUCGCGUUCUUUCCCCUUUGUUUCAAAGGCUUUGGGCGUCAACUUUAUUGAUGUUGCUACCCGUGCCCUUGUUGGCAAGGAUGUCCCUGCUCCUCGCGAUCUGAUGAAGGAGAAGCACGACUACGUGUGUGUUAAGGUUCCUCAAUUUUCGUGGACACGUUUGGCCGGCGCUGAUCCUUUCCUUGGCGUUGAGAUGAGUUCUACUGGUGAGGUUGCCUGUUUCGGCAAGGAUGUUAAGGAGGCUUACUGGGCCGCCAUCCAGUCUACUCAAAACUUCAAGGUUCCUCUCCCUGGUCACGGUGUUUUGUUGGGUGGUGACCGUAAGGAACUUGCUGACGUUGCCGCUAAAUUGCACGAGUUGGGUUAUAAGCUCUACGUCGCUGAGAAGGCUCUCCACAAGAAGCUUGCCCCUGUCCCCGUUACCGUUAUCGAUUUCCCCAAGGAGAAGCGUGCCCUUCGUGCAGUGUUCGAAAAGAAUGACAUUCAAGCCGUCUUUAACUUAGCUUCUGGUCGCGGUAAGAGCACCGAGGAUCAAGACUACAUAAUGCGCAGAAAUGCUGUUGACUUUAAUGUUACCUUGUUCAACGACGUCCGCUGUGCCGAGCUUUUCGUUGAGUGCCUGAAGGAGAAACUUCCUCUCGUCCUUUCUGAAGAGAAGACAAUGCCUAAUGAAGUUAAAAGAUGGAGUGACUGGAUUGGAUCUCAUGCUCUUUAG